AAGGCCUUUACUCUUGCCGGUGGAAAGAAAUUGAAGAGGGCCCACGUCUCAAAUCUACCGCAAGCAGUGGCGUCGACUUACUUUCCUCUUCCAAAACCGUUGUUUCGGUGCUCCUUGACUCCUUGUCGAUGUAAAGAAUGUGGUGAGAGCACUGAGACUAGGGAAUCGAUAGGCGCUCUCUCUGGUCGAUCGGGCAAAAAGUCCUUAAUUCAAAUUGUGAAAAUAAAAGAGCUAAUAAUUAAGAAAUGGCUUCUACCGACGGUCUGGUACCGAUUACCAGGAGUUAUCUGGCUUCUUAUUACGACAAAUACCCAUUUGCACCUCCAUCCGAUGACGUUUCUCGCCUUUCCUCCGAGAUUCGCUCGAUGGCUAACGAUUUACUCAGCCAUCUUCCUCUCACUCAAGAUGAAAGAUUAUUGUUGGAUGAAGCAGACCGUCAGCCUCCACAUAAAAUCGAUGAGAACAUGUGGAAGAAUCGAGAACACAUUGAAGAAAUUCUUUUUUUACUUGAAACCUCUCAUUGGCCAGUGGUGCUUCAGCAGCAGUCAACACCUGAUGAUGCUGAACUAGCUACUGUUCUCAGACACCUCAAAGAUAAACUUCAAAACACUUUGAAGAUUUUGGAAUUCUUCCAAUCUAAAAAUUCUGACCGUGUGUUUAAUACAGUUAUGACUUACAUGCCUCAAGAUUUUCGAGGAACACUUAUUAGACAACAACGGGAGCGCUCAGAGAGGAAUAAGCAAGCGGAGGUUGAUGCUUUGGCCAAUUCUGGUGGAAGUAUACGCUCUCGAUAUGCUCUAUUGUGGAAACAACAAAUGGAAAGGAGGAGACAGUUGGCUCAACUUGGUUCCGCCACAGGUGUCUACAAAACCCUUGUGAAGUAUUUGGUUGGAGUUCCACAGGUCUUGCUAGAUUUUAUUCGGAAAAUAAAUGACGAUGAAGGGCCCAUGGAAGAGCAACGACAACGUUAUGGACCACCUUUAUACAGCCUUACAGCGAUGGUGAUUUCUAUUCGAUUCUUUGUUUUGGUAUUAUGGGGGCGGUUUGACACUGGAAAUUUAAAGAGGCAACAGGUUGCUUUCUUGGAACAAGCUAUUGAUGUCUACACCACUGAGUUUGAGAGGUUCAUCAAAUUUAUGGGUGAGGUCUUCGCAAAUUCACCAUUCUUAAUAUCAGCAGACACUACUGGUGCAUUAGAAACCAGGAAUAGUGAGGAACACAGAGAGAUAAGUGUUCCAGCUGGUAAAACUUAUGAGGUUUCUUUGACUGUGGACUCAAUAAACUCAUACAUCGCUUGGGAUUUCUCAUUGGUGCAAGGCAAGAUAAACAUGGAUAUUGGAUUUAGUGUGGAGUUUAUAAACUCUUCUGGGGAAAAAGUUCUCAUAUUACCUUACCAGCGCUAUGAGUCUGACCAAGGAAACUUCUGCACAUGUAUGGUCGGAAACUAUAAGUUGAUUUGGGACAAUUCUUAUUCAACCUUUUUUAAGAAGGUGCUUCGCUACAAGGUGGAUUGCAUACCUCCAGUAGUGGAGCCGUUGCAGCCUGUAACUGAAGUGGAAGGCUGAGAGAUCCCUCCUUGGAUGUAGCAGGAAUGUCAUCUUACUUGCCAUGAUCAGGAUUCGCAACAAUUGACUGGUGAAGAAUCUUAUAACGUGUAUAAUGUUUGUAUAUUGUCGGGUAAGCAGUGAAAAAUUAUUCUUAUUAUAAUAACGAAAUGAUGUUCUAAUAACCUUUAGGAAUUAAAAAAAUAAAAAGAAAAGAAAAACGAUUAGAAUUUUAAUGGAACAAAAGAUGUUGGUUUCUGUCACAGAUAAAUUGAGAUAACUGUAAUUUAUUUUAGUUAUAGAAGAAGGUUUUCGUUACAA